CAGCUUUAACGACGUGGUGACGUCAGAGGGCGUGUCCAAACAGAGGACAGAGAGAGGACUCGCGCUACAAUGGGAGAAAGUUUUCGCGAGCAGCUGUUAGAGGACACUGCCUUCCUCAGAGCUGAGCAGAAACUGGACACAGAGCUGGUGGACAAAGUCAUCCUGCAGCUCAACAGAAUCUACCCGCAGAUCCUCACUGACAAGGAGGCCACCAGAUUCAGAAAUUUGGACGUACCAACAAGUGUCCGCCUGGGUGAGCUCCUGACGCAUCUACAGGGGAAAGGUGAUGAAGCGUGCAGGGAGUUUUACCGAGCGCUCCACCUGCAUGUGGAGGAGGUAUACUACAGCUUGCCCACGCGGUUACGCCUCAGAGAUUCUAUGAAUCCACUCGCAAGUCCACAGAUCUACCCACAGAGAAAUGUUCUGAACGACAGAGGUCCUCCCUUUUUCCUAGGCUGUUUCAGCUUUGCUGUGGGAAUGGCUUUUCUCUAUUACUAUGGCGAAGCUAAUGUGUCUGGAGGCAGCCGGGCCCUUGGAAUGGCCGCUCUCGGUUUGAAAAGAAAAGCGCAGGAAGUCCUUAUUUGGUACACUGAAGAAGGCAUAAUGAAGUAAUGGGUGUCUUUUUCAUACUUGGUGCUUCAGAAUUACUGACACUACACCAAAAUAAUAUUUGUUCUUAUUUUGUGCACCUUAUGAACCAUGCAAAGCACAUUUUAUAUUGGUUUCUGUUCUAAAUGUCAAGGGGAGACACAUUUGACUCUUUGGUCACACUUUAUAUUGUUAAAUGAUUUGAAUACACUUAAGGUUAAUGCUGUGUA